AAAGACGUCAUACUCUCGGCGGAGCCACGGUGGCCAUGGCAACCCUCAGCAGCAGCUGCUGCUGCCGCCGGGCCGGGCCUCCCGCGGCUUAGCUUGCCCUCGCCUUCCCGGCGCGGAGGCGAGGCAAAGGCCAGGCCGGAAGGAAGGAAGGAAGGAAGGAAGGAAGGAAGGAAGGAUGGGAGUCAGGAUGGAGGGCGGCGGCGCUGGCGCUGGCAGGAGAGGGUGGAGCCCCGAGUUUGAAUACCGAGCCAUACCUAGGUAUGGCCCAGCAAGCCCAUUCAAAGGACAUUUAAGUACUAAAAGUAAUGCCUUCUGCAUUGACUCCUCCUCCCGCAGAUUAAGUAACCAGUAUCUGAUCAGGGACCACAUGGCUGUCCAUUACAAUAAAAUCCUUUCAGCCAAAGCUGCUGUAGACUGUUCAGUGCCGAAAAGCAGAGUAAAUAGCAUAAAAUUUUCAGAUCAGCAACGGAGAGAGAAACUCAAGAAAGAAGUAGAAAAGUGUGAGAAGGAAAUGAUUUCAUCUAGAAAUGGGUCCCGAACUAGUUCCAGGGAGAGCAGAAGACCUAUGUCAGCUUUCUAUAGAAAGGACUCCUUGGAAGCAGAAGUAAAUAGGGCAUUGCCAUCAUAUGCACCAAGUGAAGAGAAAUGUUUUGUGCGCUGCCUGUCUUUUCCAGAAAAGUAUCGCAUAGUUCCUCCAAGUACUGGGAAAUCUGCCAGAAGAACUGCUCAGAAAGCCUCCAAUGCUUCAUUAUUAAGUUCAAGCACCAGUACAUCGAGUCUGCAAAGACUGCACUCCAAAAUGUCUUGGAGUUCUUCUUCAGAUAGCAUCACAAACAAACACUCCCAGAAAAUGCAUAAUGCUGAGUCCAAAGCAAGCAGUAAAGAUCUGCUUGAGGCACACUCUGAAUAUUUUACUAAUGGCCAGCAACCAUUCACACCCCGCACUUUAAAAUCAGAUGCAAAAUCUUUCCUCUCACAGUACAGAUAUUACAUGCCGGCACGAUCAAAAUUACUGGAUGUUUUCAAUCAACAAGUGGAAGCAGAAACACAGACCGACAUAAGCAGCUUUCACAUUGAAUUGGAAGCAUCUGAAGACGAUGUGGGAAACUUUAAGAAGAUCAUAAAGGAGGUAGAAGAUAUAGAGCCUGAAAAAGUGAGCACUGUUUCUUCACCAAGAGUGACUUCUCCAGGCUCUGCACAGCGCCAAGCAAUAAGAAAAAUCCAGGCAGAGGAAGAAGAACUUAUGUAUUUAAGUUUUAUCCAGGACAUAACAGAUGAAAUUCUCAGACUCGGAUUGUUUUCCAACAGGGCUUUGGAAAUGUUGUUUGAGCGUCACAUAGAACAAAACAAACGUCAUCUGAAUGAGACUAAAAUGCGCCAUCUGCUGGAAAUACUGAAAAUAGACUUGGGCUGCAACAAGAAAGAGCCAUCUUCAAGGAGAUCGAACAAGUAUGGCCUGCUAGAGAACAAAGCAGCCAAACGUCUCCAACUUCCCAAUGAAGCUCAAGGAGAAAGUGAGCUGGCAAAGAAUGAGGAGCUCUUAAAGGCAAUGGAUAUUCUAGCAAGAGAGUCCCCUGCGUGCAGUGAACAUUUCCGGGGGUUAGAAACCCAGGAUGAAAAUGCCACAGAGGUCCAUGAGCCUGUGCAUGUUGAAUCAGACCUGUCCUCCAUUGCAGUGACAGAUGGGAAGCUGGAAACGUCAUGCAUGUUGACACCAACAUGCAGUUCGACCACAUGCAACGCUGACUUUGAAAUGAGUGAUUCUCUGAGGGAGGUUGACAAUCUCAGAGAAAGCUUGGAUGAAUCCUUUCCCAUCUCCACUGACAACCCACUACAUUAAACAACAAGCACGGGAGCGCCAAGCCAAGCAGCACUCCUAGUCAACUGUGCGAGGGACUUGAUCUUUGUGAACUCAAUAAAACAUUAGUAAAGAAUCCUUUUUCAAUUUUGUUAUGUCUGGAUGCACUAGCUGACUCUUGUAAAAGGGGUCCAGGUAUUAUGAAUCAGACCUUAAUGAACUAAAACACAUUAUCGAGCAGUGUGUGGUAUGUAAUAUAGCAUAAUGUCAUUAACUGCUGAAAACUCUGGUUGUAGAGCAAGGUCUGUAGCUAAAUGUGUGUACACUUGUGUAUACAUAGAUAUAUGUAUAGAACAGAUUGAUUGUUUAUAAGAUUUAUUUUUAAUAAAUGGAUCCAACUUCACAACAAUAAAAGUACUUUUGAAUUAA